AUGCCAAAACGAGUAAGGGCGAGCCGGCACGCAGUUGCCGGCAGACCCGCAACGAACUACUGUGUCUCUUGUAAGUGGCCCCGUGUUGUCCAGGAGGUGCGCUUCAAAAUCAACGAUCCCAAGGCGCACAGUAAAGGCGGCACGCUAGAGAACACGAUCAACGGCCGUGCCGACGAGGAGGCGCCCUUGCCCGCCCAGCUCCUACCGCCCGGCAAAGACAUUAGCAACAUAUAUGCUCAAGAGGAUCCUCACGCCGCACUUCAAAACUUUCCGAAGGCGACAAAACAUACGAUGUUAGGCGUAACGCCGUCGGACAUCGACAAGUACUCCCGCAUCGUGUUUCCGGUCUGCUUCGUCUGCUUCAACCUGAUGUACUGGAUCAUAUACCUGCACAUUAGCGACGUCGUCGCGGACGAUCUCGUCCUGCUCGAAGAAGCCAAGUAAAGGACGCCAAGUGACGCCGCGACGACUGAAACUAAAAACAACUCACACAAAAAAAAACAAUUUACUAUGAAUUAAAAAAUAAAAAAAAUUUAACAAACGACGGUGACGACGUCGAAACGCGCAAGCACACACUGUCAUUCACUUCACUCAUCUACACACGUUCACGCGCAUAUACGAUUAACCAAAAAGUAAUAAUAAAAAUUAAUCAUAAUAUUAAUAAUAUUAAUAAUAAAG